AUGACGAUGCCGAGGUUCCAGGAGAUCGACCGGACGGAGGUCACCAAGCGCAUCAAUGACACGAUGGUCUACAUACCGGACACCGAAUUCGAGCCCAAGUACCUCGUGCGGCGAAUAUCAUCGUCCAAGUACGAGGUGGACCACAUUAUCAUGAUCAAGAGCAUUUUGGUGUACCUAGAUAUGUGCGACAGCCACUACGGAUCGGCGUUCCAGGGCUUCCGGUGGCUACUCCAGUUCAUCCACGAACUCCGCAAACACUCGCAGUUCUUGAAGUCGCAGAUUGUUAACUCGCUAUACUACGAACGUUCUAUUUCACUAUAUGCAUUGCGGGCACUUUUGCGCGAGACGGCGGCGCAUCGCAAGCCAAAAGAGCAUCUUACGCGCGGCCGAAGCAGUCGAUUGGACCUCAUUGAGGGGCUCCUCACGAAUAUCUUGGAGUGCACGUUUUCAUACGAUAUGACAUACCGGACUGCUGACGACUUGUAUGUGAUGAGCCAGCUCUUCUUUGUGUUCGGGGAGGCCUAUGAGAGCAUGGCAGUACUUGCGGGGACGGUGACUGGGUUCCAGCAUGGGCAUAGCAUAGAUUGUGGCAUCCGUCCCAAUGGGCAGCACUUGCUUUCCAUGGUCCGCAAGUACAUUCUUGCAGCGACACUCUCGCUGCAGGGGGACCGGCAGACGGUGUUGUUGAGUCUUCGUAAGAUAUUGAUGGGCAUGUUGUUCCUCGGAGGUGUGAGCAUAGCGCAUUUAAACUUCUUCCACGAGGUCUUGGAGCAUUUCUCUGCUUCGCUGCCAAGACAGAAUGGGAAGCUGAUUCAGGAAUUCGCUUCGACAAAUCCUGUAAUGACCGAUAGUAGCUUUGGCCUUAUACGGCAAAUUUUAGCUGUGUGGUCACGUACAAAACUCAAGGAUUCCCGCUGCCCAAUAGUACUCGUAAAAUCUUCUGGAGAGCUUGUCCUGGUGGAAAAGGUUUCUGGCUAUGAGCCUUCGAAGGGCGAAACGAAUUCAUGUAGUUUGUUCAUUGCAAAUUUAAGAAUGAAGGCAACUAAUAAGUUAAGGUCGGCUGAGGUUGAUAUGGGGGAUGUGCCGCCUCCAGCAAGCUUUGGAUUGAUAAAGUUCUGGGAGCAAUGUUAUUUGGAACAUAAGGGGCCUUUACCCAAAAAUCUAGCUCAGUUAUUAAAUGCACUAUGA